CUCUGCCACUCUACGUAGGACUCUCAUCCUGUCUGCAGAAGACCUGAGAGAUUGCUUUAGCAGUGGAUGAGUGGGAGAUUUAUUCAUCUGUGACCAUUUUGUUGUGGUUCUUCUGAGUGUUGCUGCUGUGAGACGUUACAACCAUGGCUUCUACUGGAACUUUCCGUAUGGUAUCGGAGGAGGAGCAGGCCAUGAGGGCAAAGCUGGAGCACCUGACAGUAAAGGAUCAUGGGUCAGUGUUUGGACCGUGUCACAAACUACCUGGCCAUACUGUGCAGAAGGCAAAGGAUGAGCUGCAUGAGACAGAUGAAAGACGGGCGUCAUCACUGAAAGAUCUACGGGCCAUGAUAAAAGAGAGGGCAUCGGAGGGGGACGACUUGGCCAAACUAGUGCAGGAACGCUUUGGGGACAAACCGGACUCUUUGUUGGUUCGCUUUCUCAGAGCACGAAAAUUUGAUGUCUCCAGAGCCCAUGAGCUCAUGAAAGGUUAUGUACGCUUCAGGAAGGAUUAUCCAGAGCUCUUUGAGAACCUCACUCCUGAAGCAGUCCGCAGUACCAUAGAGGCUGGAUACCCAGUAGUUCUGCCAAUCAGAGACAAAUAUGGCCGUGUGGUCCUGCUCUUCAACAUUGAAGGCUGGGACCUGGAGGAGAUCACAUUUGAUGAGGUGCUGAGAGCAUACUGUGUUAUCCUGGAGAAGCUGCUUGAAAACGAAGAGACUCAGAUCAAUGGCUUUGUCCUGAUAGAGAACUUUAAAGGCUUUACUAUGCAGCAUGCCUCAGGAAUAAAGACCGCAGAGCUCAAAAAGAUGGUGGACAUGCUACAGGACUCCUUUCCUGCCCGUUUCAAGGCGGUCCAUGUUAUUCACCAGCCCUGGUAUUUCACCACCACCUACAAUGUGGUUAAACCCUUCAUGAAGGCCAAACUGUUGGAACGGGUCUUCGUUCACGGGGAAGAGCUGGACGGCUACUUUAAAGAAUUUGAUGCAAGCAUUCUGCCUUCAGAUUUCGAUGGAAAAGCCCCAGUGGCUGACUGCCAAGCCAUUGCCACCCAGCUUUUUGGCUCUGAAGACACUGCGCUCUGAAGGAACAUAUAUUCAUACCUGGAAAAGGAACUAUGUGGAAUAUGUUGAAGUUAGAUUUGUUUUUGUUUUUUCCAAAUUCAGACGUAUAAGAGCAUGAAAGAAGGGGGCAUUCUGCAGAUAAGAAUGAGAUAAUAAUAGUGGGGGAAAUUAUGUGUAGAUAUAAAUAAGAAUAAGUGUUAGCUUUUUUGUACUCCGUGAUACCCUUACAAUUCGUUGCUGAGGAAGGAAAAUAUAUUUGGGGGAAUUAUGACUCAGUCAACAUUUCGUAUUAACUGGUUGGAUGCUGUCUGCCUAAAAACUAACCAUGGUGAAUACAGAUGUUGCUGUCUCUCUGAUUGCUGUGCCUUACACUUUUCAGUUUGACUUUAUGAACAGUAUGCAUAGUAUAAAGGGGGAUGGAUCUGCCUUAGAUCAAUGAUUCAAGAUUAUUGUGGUGCCUUUGGAAAUUUCCAUUUGUCAGCAGCCUUUUUUCAUUUGAUCAAAUGUGAUGCAUGAUUAAAAUGCCCUCUGUUUUAUCUAAUGUCCUCUGUUUGCUUCAUUCACCUAAACAAGGAUUUGUUAGAAUUGAUGCGCAUGUGUCUGUAGUUCUGUUAAAGAUCUUUUUUAUCCUUUGUUUGUAUUUCAUUAACUUGAAAUAGCA